UCCUAAACAUUUGAAUGUCGCACGGGCACCAACGCGUUUAGUAUUUGCGUACUUCGAUGAAUCUUAGUGAGUUGAAGAGAUGAAGUUUCUUUAUGCGUUUGGUGAGGUGAACAUAACGACAUAACUUCAAUAGAUGCGCACAGGAUCAUAUACAAUAGCAUUGGGUUAAUUAAUUUUUUUUUAUGCAUUUUCUUUCAAGCGCGCAAAGUAAGCUAAAACUGAAACAAGCUCUGAUUGCAACCUACAACUACAGCUUAUUUAGCUGGUAACUCUAACUACAUGCAGUUUUUUUAAAUUCAUCCAACUGUUCUUUAGAAUAUGUAAAGCGGCAAUAUAAUAAUUUUCGACCCCAUUAGGCAAAGUGCGGAAAUACUUUUCUUACAUCUGCUAAAAUCUUCACUGAAGUAUCGGCUGAAUUGUUCAACGAGUUAAUACUAGAAAACCCAUUAACAUGCUAAAAAUGGUGGCGCGCAAUUUCUCCGUCCAGGAUAUACCAUAUUCGCGGCUCUUUCAUAUUCCACCUGAUGAUGAACGGGAUUUUAUCUCUUUGGACGAACUGAAACCGACGAUAGUGCAGCAUAACUUGCCACCCCAACCCAUCGGCAACUACCAGCCGACUUACUAUGAGUUGACCAAUAUCGCUGAGGAUCCAUGUUCGUCCUCCUUUUCAUAUUCGGCCUCCCUGCCCAGUUCGACAUGUACUUCCUCCAUGAUGGAGGGUCAGGGUGUGGACACCACCCUAAACCCGACAGUCAAACGAAAAAGAAAAGCCUCAUUUCAUGACAUCAGCGAUGUAGAUGAUGACAACGGAGAAGAUGCAAAAUCUACAAAGACCGACGAAAAUAAAAAGCAAAAUCAUAGCGAAAUAGAAAAACGACGACGCGACAAAAUGAACACUUACAUUACGGAAUUGUCUGCCAUGAUCCCCAUGUGCCAUGCAAUGUCCCGAAAACUGGACAAACUGACGGUUUUACGAAUGGCCGUGCAACAUAUAAAAACAAUAAGAGGCGCAGUCCAUUCGUAUACUGAGGGCCAUUACAAACCUUCGUUUCUAACAGAUCAGGAAUUGAAGAACUUAAUUUUACAGGCUGCUGAUGGUUUUCUUUUCGUGGUUGGUUGCGACAGAGGGAGGAUUUUGUACGUGUCACAAUCAGUUUCGAAGGUUCUAAACUACAGCCAGACUGACCUUCUCGGACAAAGUCUCUUUGAUAUUCUACACCCUAAAGAUGUAGCCAAAGUCAAAGAACAAUUGUCCUCAUCUGAUUUAAAUCCUCGAGAGAGACUCAUUGAUGCCAAAACCAUGCUACCAGUCAAAACCGAUGUUCCCCAUGGAGCUUCGAGAUUAUGCCCGGGUGCCAGAAGGUCGUUUUUUUGCAGAAUGAAGUGCCGGAUGGCCUCACAAGUCAAAGAAGAAGCUGACACGACUACUGGCUCCCAACGGAGAACGACUAAACUUAACUCUGAUAAAAAGUUCAACGUAAUCCAAUGCACUGGCUAUCUAAAAUCAUGGGCUCCAGCCAAAAUAGGGGUGGAAGAACAGGAAGACGGGGAUUCUGAUUCGUGCAACUUAUCCUGUUUAGUUGCAAUUGGGCGAAUUUUGCCUCACAUUUCCACUGUGGCAGUCAGCAGCCAUAAUAGCACUAAAAUCAGGCCUAUCCAGUUCAUGUCCAGACAUGCCCUGGAUGGAAAGUUUAUAUUCGUAGAUCAAAGAGCUACUUUGGUUCUUGGAUAUCUGCCGCAAGAAAUGUUGGGUACCAGCAUGUACGAGUAUUAUCAUAACGACGACAUUCCUCUUUUGGCCGACAAACAUAAAAUGGCGCUUCAAACAAGUGAAUAUGUCCGUACUAAUGUUUAUAGGUUUCGGACUAAAGAAGGGGGUUUCGUCAGGCUGCAGAGCGAAUGGAGAUCUUUUAAAAAUCCAUGGACGAAAGAAAUUGAAUAUGUAAUAUCCAAGAACAACUUGGUUCUAAGUGAUUUUCGAAUGGUGGAAAGUACGGCGGGUAGGACGGAAAACAUUGAAAAUUAUGAAUUUUUCUCGAACGUCUAUGAUAAAGACAUCCAGACUGCGAUCAAUUCGCAUGUCGAAGCAAGCAAAAUUGGCAAACAAAUCGCCGAAUUGUUGAUGGAUUCGCAGCGACGAAACCCGGAUUCUUGUUCUAACAGUCCGAGUCCAGAAUCGAGCAUAUCAGGUUUACCUAAUGGAGACGCCCAAAUUUCUACCAGCGUCUCCAAUUCGGACAAUUUCAGAGACUCUGCAGUUAUGUCAAGUUUCGUUCAAAAUACUCAACCGUUUGAAAGCGUAACGAAUAAUGUGAAUAUUAACGGUGUCGUUAAUGAACCGGUGUUGAACGUUUCAAACACAUCUGAAAACCCCUCAGAAAUCAUUAACAUGAUUUCGAAUGACGAUGUCCAUCAGUCACCAAACCAGAGUAAUGGAGUAACCGGUAUGGAUGGAAACGACGAAGCCGCCAUGGCGGUGAUUAUGAGUCUGUUAGAGGCAGACGCUGGUUUAGGCGGUCCAGUGGAUUUUUCGGGAUUGCCUUGGCCGUUACCUUGACGGGAUCAAUGAGAUUUCCCACUGAACUAUUUUAACGAUUUUGAUAAUCGACAACAUUAUUUGCAGCAUAAAACUUAAGAA